CAAACUUCCAGCACGCGUGCCUCGUUCCAAGCCCUGCCAACUGAACUUCACUGGAAGAUUUUUGAACAUCUUGACUAUGCAUCCGCCCUGUUCCUCUCAGAGACAUGUCAUGUCAUCCAUACAAGAGAUCCAUUGAGAUUCCAGUCACCAUUCGACAAGCAAGAUUUUCUAUUUGUGGUCGAAAAUUACGCCCAGCAUUUUACUCGUACCCGUACCGCCCGGAGUUAUGCCUGCUUCUACUGCAACACCAUGAAACCAAGGAUACAGUUCGCAAAGGACAUGGUCAAAGGACCCUACAACAAGAAUCGACCUCGGACCAGAUCUCGCUACUGUCUUGACUGCGGCGCGAAACAGGGCUUCUACGGUGCAGGAGAACGGGUUCGCAGGACAGACGGUACAGUACUUUGGAAAUGCACAGUUUGUCCUGUGCUGACUGAUGGUUUCUACUGCGUGCCCUGUGGGAAGUGCCAUGACUGUUUGGUCGCAGAGCAUGGG